UUAGCGACAUGGCCGAUGAACAAAAACAGCAAAUUUCUAGCAUUUUCAACAUGCAUGGUUAUAGUUUAAGAGAACAAAUUGGUGAAGGCGGCUAUGGUUUUGUAUUUAAGGCCGAGAACAACGCUAACGGACAGGAAUGCGCCAUAAAGAUUCUUCCCUUUCCAAAUGACGAAAAUGAUCGAAAUGCAAAAUACCCGAAACGAGAAUUAGAGAUACUGAAAAGACCAAAAAACGAACUUUGGACUGAAAAUAUUGUCAGAUAUUACGGUUCUUGGCAAAGCCAUAUCGAAAACACACCAUUUCUGUGUAUUCAAAUGGAACUCUGUCUGGCAAACUUAGAACAUUAUAUCUACGAUAUAGUUGGUUCUGAUGUUAUUAAAGUCUCAACUCCGAAACAACUUUGGGCGCACGUUUUCCCUCAAAUUUUGAAUGGUUUAAAUGCUAUACACCAAAUCGGCUGGGUUCAUCGCGAUAUUCACCCCGGUAAUAUUCUUGUAGCAAAUCCACAGCCACAACAAAUCACCGAAAUUGUCGUCAAGAUCGCUGAUUUUGGUCUUUCCAGAGAAAUUGGGUCUAUAUUUAAAGCAUCUCUCGUACUCACUGUUGAUCCAGAAAUGCCAGAGCUUACGCCUAAUGUUGGACAUAAACUGUUCAGGGCCCCUGAACUAGCAACUAAAAAUUACGAUUACAAAGUGGAUCUCUUCAGCGCAGGAAUCGUUCUGUAUUUUCUCAGCCGCUAUCUUCCAACGAAAAGCCAAUGGCCAGAUGAGAUCAAGGAACUUAGAAAUGGGAAUCGUGGUCCUCAACAUUUGUCGCAUAAAGACGAAGUAUUAGCCAACUUGAUCGACCGCUUAAUGAAGGAAAAACCAGACAAACGACCAACUGCAGAUAUGGCUUUGAAGUACAUUCAAGGCGAGAGCAAGAACCUUACCGAAAAGGAGUUUUUAGUAAGAAAAAAAGGCCAUGAAACAUACUACCGAUGCACAACACCCGAUGCUAGCCUGGAAAGUUUGAAAACUGCAAUACAAGAACACAGCCAUAUUGCCAUUCAGGCUGACGCUCAGACACUCGAACACGAGACCACCAAUCGUAACAGGAACGUAAACGUUGGAAUAACGUCCGACAAAGACGCACGGGAUAUAUUCGCUUCUGCCGAAAGAGAUGGGGAAAAAGUUAGCAUUGUGGUCACAGUCAAUGAACCCAAAUAAAAACAAACUGAAACAUUUUUUUAAUUUUGACAUGUUCUCAACGCUAUGUGCCGUUUAUUGCACUUCAUUCUUAGAAUAUUGAACAAAUUGCAUGAGAUUUUGACUUUUUUUGGCAUUUCUUAAUUUUUGUUAUAGAUAUAUUAAUCACAGUUUCCUUACUAUAAUAUAUUAAUAAAA